AUGGCUGUACAAGCUAAAAUAGCUGGCAAUGGUUACGAGGAAGUGGAUUAUUUACCACAACAAGAUGAUUUAUUGUCAACAGCGAUUGCAAAGACCCCUAGACCGGGUACUACAUUUAUUAGGGAAUCUAAGACAGCCAUACAAUUAAAAACUGCAGCGAAUUCAACAGUAGCGACGUCGAAAACGCGAGGUUAUACGAAGACAGCCGGCACACGUACGGCGAGGAGUGCUCUGCAUACAGCAGCACGAGCGUCGCGCGCAGCGACUGCCCUUGCAGGCGCACCCUUCACUGCUAACACUCCUCUUUCUCUUCGGUGUCUUACGAAAGACGACAAGAUUUUCACUCCAGCUGCAAAAACUUUAUUUGAAUACGUUUAUUACUGUGAAGGCGAUAUUCGCAAGGCCAUGGAUAUUGCUUUUCAAGCACAAAAACUUAAUGAGAAUGCAGACUGGUGGUGGAACUUUUCCUUAGCUCGAUGUUACAUGGUAUUGGGAAUGCACAGGAACAGUGAAGAUUAUCUUCGACAAGCACUGAAACAAAAUAGACAUAUCGUUAUUUAUCUCCGUUUAGUGGCAAUGUACGUAAGUUUAAAUCAACCGCUAUCAGCGCUGGAAGUUUGCAAACAAGGUUUAUCCGUAUUUCACGAUUAUACACCAUUAACGCUUGAACAAGCGAGAAUACACGAUCAGAUGGGCAACGCAACAUUAGCACUAAAAGAAUACCGAAAAGUGGCUUUAGAAGAUCCAUCUAAUACUGAAGCAAUUGCCAGUAUAGCAAUAUAUAAUUUUUAUAAUGAUCAACCAGAAAUCGCUCUACGAUAUUACAGACGAUUACUAGCUACCACUUAUCCUGGACCAGAAAUAUACAACAAUCUAGGACUUUGCUGUCUGUAUUGCAAUCAAUGGGAUUUAAUUCUGCCUUGUUUCCGACAAGCUUUAUACUUUUCUACAAAUCCUGUAAACCGGUCUGAUAUUUGGUUCAAUAUUGCACAUAUUGCAUUGUCCACAGGAGACUUACCUCUUGCUCGUCGCUGUCUACAAAUGAGCCUGGCGACCAACUCAGAGCACGACGCUGCGAGACAUGCGUUGAAUGCCAUGGAAACAAGACAAAGAGUCCGGAAUAUAUUACUACGCAAGUAGAAUUU